AAGAUUUUUAUUGAAAUAAUUUGAUUUCUGAUCAAAUUGAUCAUUAUAGAAUCGCCAAAUAGAAUUUCCAAAAAAAUUAUUGCUUCAUCCAUUACGCUUUUCGUUUAUCAACGAAAUAUCUCCAUAAGGGUUACUUAGAUCAUGUUCUAUCCAGAUUCACCGAAGAUGGCACAGGUUUUAUCGAUGCUGGACCAACAACGUCGUGUACAAACAUGAUCGCACGAUCCAUGGUUCACCAUUUCCUCGGCGGAUGAAGUGAAAGCCAUGAUCGAGGCUGGAGUAGAAUGUAAAGAAGUCGAUGUGAUUCGAGAGAGGGAAACCGCUUUGCCGUCCAGUUACUCCAAGGCAAGCUGAAAGGAAUGUUGAGCGGUGUGCAUCGCAACGCCAACAAGUUCUCUCACACUGAACAUCUCUAAUCAACGUCAACAUCGUCGACGACGCGCCAUUGAUUGAAAGUUCAUGCUUUGACAGAGAAUGAAAUCAAACUGAAUAUGAUGCUGCCGAGGUACAUUAUUAUUGCUAUAUCUCUAAUAUACGUGACAGAAUGCGCCACCCAAGUUUACAAAAGCCACUCGGUCGAGACUGCAGUAGUGGUCAAACCGGCGCUCGAAAACGAUGACUUUAUUACACAAACCGUCUACGGAUUCUUGGAUUUUACUACCACUAUUGGGAAUACGGUGAUGGUGUUCAGCCCGCAAAGCGCGCCAUCAGGCGGUGAAAAGGAAAAGAAAAGCAGCGUUUCGAUUAUCCAAACGAAGCCGAGUGAAACGAAGGAAAAAGUGGCCCCCGCUAUUCAACCAAGCAAGACGUACAAGACUAAUUCCGAGGAAGAGACGAAAAAACAAAUUAAAGGAACGAAGGUUGUUGUGAAUUCAGUGAUCGAACAGAAUGUCAUUAAUUCCUCCGAGGAUAAUGGAUUAAGAACUGUAAAAGAUCAAGAACCAAAGAUUCAAACGCAAGUGAUGACAAAAAGUCCUGUAGUAUCCUCUCAAGUCCAAAUAAAGUCGAAGGAUGAAGCGCCUGUGAUUAAGAACAAUCUUGCGGAACCCGAAUAUGAUUUCCUGUCGAAGCAACCUACGGAAAUAGUCGAUGAGACGUACAAGUUGAUUAAUUUGAGGCCGUCCUCAAAAGCUCACGGAAAACCGAGGCCAACUGGUCGUCGGGAGAAGGAGAAUCCAACUGGGCUGGUCACGAAGCUCGGUGGGACUAUCGUUAAAGAUGGAUUGACUACUGUUCACGAGACAAGCGUGAUCGGUACCUACAUAAAUGGGAAAUACGCCCAGGUGCUUCAGAGCUCGUCGAGAAUACUUUCCGCCACGCCGCCGGUUCAAGAAGGCAAAAUCCGUCCCUCGAGCACGCAACGAAUCCUGAAGACUAUCGGGCCGCAACAGGGAAAGCUGAAACCGCAGCUGGAACCCACACCAACUCAUCCUCAGCAAGAGGAAUCAUCCUUACCCUUGGAAGUUUUGUUUAGCGCUCCAGCUGGUUCCACGGUGAGAAGCACUCGAAAAAAUUCAACUCCAAAUUCAUCCCGCCCGAAAUUCCGCAACAAAAUUAACGACGAUUACGAAAACAGCGGCGAAGUGCAAAAAUCGAAACCGACUAAGAAUCGUAGCAGCACCACCUCAAGGCCAAGUUACAAAAAUCGUAGCCCCCUGACAACGACCACCGAACCGCCACCCAUCACUCGUCGCCGUACCGGUUUCCGGCCCAACAAUCAACCAUCAAAUUUGCCCUCGAAGCAAAGCGGCAAAAGCAAGAACGAGCAGCAACCAAUUACUUCCAACCCUCUGCCGAAGCCGAAGUUGCCAAGAACGCAGGGCCGUUGGUCGUACAAAACGACGCCCAAGCCGAGAAUAGCUAUUCGAAAGCAAGUGGAUAUUGAAGAAGAUCAAUCGCGCUCGAUAUCCGAAACUAGCACGACCGAGGCACCGUCAGGCAUGGACGAUGGCAAGACUACCUCGGCUUCCCCGGCUCCCACGUCCACCACGUCUGCCUCGGUCACGAGCGGCCAAGCGGUCAACGGUCAGAGAAAAAUUCAAGAGGCGGCGAAUGAUGACGAGCUGGACCCGAGCGAGAGCGAGGACGUGGCCAGCGUAAGCGUUCAGGAUCAACAUUCCGAGCAACAAAUUUUACCGAUCGAAACGAUCAACGUCGAAAUCUCGACAGCCGCUGACAUGAGCAAUGUGUAUUUCGAGAUUGCCACUAUUAAAUCGCCCUACACGUUCCAGGUCGGGACACUGAGGAAUACCCGCUACGUAACGGUCACUUCGACGAUGAAGAAAUCGUUUGCCACGAUGGAUCCAUCCACCGCUAUAUCACCGACUGAACCUUUGACCGAAAAUCUGCUCGCGAAUACCGGAGCGGCCUACGAAACGUCGUUGCCAUUGGACUCGGCCGUCGCGACUCUUCCCCCCGUGUCUUUGGAAACCGGCCAAGCGACCCCACCUCUAGAAACUCUAACGGAAACGUUUUCCACCACUCAAACCUUGCUCAAAACUCAUCUGCUCCCGGUCGUUUCCGGCAAUAACACGACCAAAAUCACGCUCGUCCAAACGUACAACAUAGCUCGAGUGGUCACGGCAACGAAGACAUUACCGCCCAUGGACAUCUACCAGUUCAUCCCGAGCAAAGCGUUGAAUGAGUUCAACACGAAACUGGACGAGGCUGGUAGCGAGCUUCAUCUCGAAUUGGACGUCGGCGAUGAGGACAGGGACGACGACGAUGUUCCCAAAAGAGUGGUGGCUCCUAGCAACGAAAUGGACGCAGAUCUGGAACCCUUCAAAUCCGUAUCCUCGUCGAAAGUGAAGUCGAUCGAGGCAGCGAGCGCCUCGAUCGAAUCCCAAUUGACUCCCGAUCAACUGGCUCUGUUAAAGUAUUUCGGUCAACAGCAGCCGCAGGUGAUCGCCACGUCGCGACCAAUCGUCGUCCUCGACACUCUCUACGAGUCACACGUGAUCCCAGUGGUGAAUAAUGGGAAUACGAUAUACUCGACGUUGUCGAGGCCAGUCGGUACCGUGCCGCGCACGUCUUACGAGUACGGAACGUCCACGAUCGCGCCGGUUUUAUCUCCCCAAUUGCCUCCCCAAUUGCCUCCUCAAUUGCCCCCCCAAUUACCUCUGUUUCCACAGCAACCGCAGUUCACGGUGACCAGCGCCCCCCUGAUCACGCAAACCCUCGCCACUCUCUCCGAUUCGAAGGUGUUGAAACUCACGUUCGGGGCGAAGACCGCCUACACCACGUUAUUCUCGAGCAGAGUGGUACCGACCGAGAUCACCACAUACGUCACCACUACUGUACCCGUUCAACCGACCGUCGCUCCUUUCCCUGGCUAUUAUCCACCGCCUGUCGGCUAUCCACCUUUCCCAUUCGUGGGAUAAAGGUGUCACGUUGUUCGCGCUUCGACGUGCGGACGAUAUAUACGAAUGAAAAAAUACACUAGGGAAUGCCUUUUUUUCCGAAUGUUAUUUUUGUGGAGGGGAGGGGGGGAGAAGGAGAAAAAAAACCGUUUUGGAUCGGAUAAAUCGAAAGAUCGUGGAGGUGAGCGAGAAAAAAAUAAAACGAAUGUUAAUGACAACUUUAUAAUAUACGAUAUACGAAUACGUGUACAAAUUAUAGCCGGGAAACGUAUUCGAUCGAUCAAUUUUCAAUUAGCCCAGAUAUUCGCUAUCUUGGCGUGUAUCUUGUUUAAGAUAUUUAAAAUCUAGGGUUGUUUAGCGUUGAUACGCAAGGUACAAGUUAUUCAAGAUAAGUCUCGAGAAAUAGAAGAUUUCUCUUCGUGCUAAUCGAAAUACUCUUUCUGAUUUGUAAUAUAUUUUUUUUUAAGAUUCGCUUACGUUUAUAUUCAUGCGUUAUAAUGCGACAUGCAACACGUUAUUUGCGACAGACGAAGUUCAAUUUAGAGUCAAAUUUAAAAGAUACGAUUUUUUUUUUUUUUUCAAUAAAAGAUAGAAUAAUAAAA